GAAGAUCGUCGUUUUUUUUUUGUAAAAAAAAACUUUCCUGAAGAUUUUUUGUUAUGUUCUUCUUCUUCUUCUUCUUCUCAGUCUCUCAUCACUUCCUCAUCAAUAUCCCCCGGGUUCUCGAAGAGUUUUCUAGUUAUUCACUCGCUUAUAUAUUUCUAAUAACUAUCUGUAUACAAAAAACCGAUGGGAUCCGUCACUUCUAAGACCAACGAUGAGCUCGAAUCGUUUCUAAACAAGAGACUUGGUGGCAGUAUGACGUCUUCCAACAAGACUGUGUCCGUCUUACUGGGUGCUCAAUGGGGUGACGAAGGAAAGGGAAAGAUCAUCGACUAUCUGAUCGAGAAUCACAAGAUCAAUGUGACCGCCCGAUGCCAGGGAGGCAACAACGCCGGACACACCGUCGUCGCCAACGGACGGAAGUAUGAUUUCCACAUUUUGCCGAGUGGAAUUAUCAGUCCAACAUGCUUCAACGUCAUCGGAAAUGGAGUCGUCGUCAAUUUGGACGCUUUCUUCUCGGAACUUGCUCAUAACGGGAUUCUCGAGGAGUCGGGAUGGGAGAAGAGAAUUAUGAUCUCCAGCGAAGCUCAUCUUGUUUUCGGUGUUCACUCUCAAGUUGACGGCCGUCAAGAGGAUUCGUUGGCCGCCAAGAACAAGAUCGGAACCACCAACCGUGGAAUCGGACCAACCUACAGCUCGAAAUGCUUCAGAAAUGGAAUCCGUGUCGCCGAUCUUAUGGCUGACUUCGAAGAGUUCUCGGAGAAGUAUCGCCGUCUCGUCGAGCACUACAAAAAGCAAUUCCCAUCGAUUGAGGUCAACGUUGAUGAGGAGCUCGCCAAGUUCAAGCAGCAUCGUGAGAAGCUCGCCGAGUUGAAGCUCGUCGGCGACACCGUCGGAUUCAUCCACGAGCAACGCAACGCCGGGAAGCAGGUUCUCGUCGAAGGAGCCAACGGAGCCCUUCUCGACAUUGAUUUUGGAACCUAUCCAUACGUGACAUCUUCCAACUCCACCGUCGGAGGUGCUUGCACAGGAAUCGGAGUUCCACCAACCGCCGUCGGAAACGUUAUCGGUGUUGUGAAGGCUUAUCAGACCCGCGUCGGAACCGGUCCAUUCCCAACAGAAUUGUUCGAUUCUGAUGGUGAGAAGCUUCAGACGAUCGGAAAAGAAGUUGGAGUAACGACUGGACGUAAACGUCGUUGUGGAUGGAUUGAUCUUUUCUUGCUCCGUCGCUCGGCGAUGAUCAAUGGGUACACAGCGAUCGCUCUGACGAAGCUCGAUAUUCUUGAUACUUUCCCAACAAUCAAGGUGGCUGUCGGCUACAAGCUCAACGGACAGGUGCUCUCUUCACCACCGGCUCAAGCCAAUGCCUGGGGAGCCAUUGAGGUCGAAUAUAAGGAAUUCGAGGGAUGGAACGAGCCGACUGUCGGUGUGAGAAAGUUCGAGGAUCUCCCGGAAAAGUGCCGGCAAUAUGUGAAAUUCAUUGAGGAUUUCAUCAAGGUGCCGAUCGUGUACAUUGGCGUCGGUGCGGAGCGUGAAUCACUUAUCGUCAGGCAGCAAUAAGCAACGCGAAUACAUUUUCUUCAACGAUGAUUUCAUGAUUCUUUUUUUUUCUAAAUUUCUUUUUCCAAAAAAGAAUAAUUUUCGUGCCUUUUUUGCACCCCACUUGGCGUGUAUCUCAGGGACACUCUCACUCUCAUCAUGCCCUCACCGUUCUAUUGUAUACGCUUCACCCAGUUCUCAAUUAUUUUUCCGUUUUUUUCUCAAUUUGUCUUGCAUAAUCAUCAGUAUUUUUCCUUUUUUUCUUCGAAUUAGCAUUAAAUUUUAUUAAAUUUCCCCUUCCCCUAGCGUACCGUCUACCGGUAUCAUCGGUCAUUUUCGGUUGUUUUUUCUUGUCUCCCUGAUUCCUUUGACCCCCAAAUCGUAUGAAUUUGAAAAUGUUGAGCACACUGA